GUUCGCGUCUGCUGGUGAGAAGUUUGCGGGAUUCCGUGAUGUUUAUAGAUGAAUAAAAAGUCUAACAGUUCAAGAAGAAAGAAAAGUUUUCAAUUAAUUUAAAUUAAAUUAUCAAAGCGGGAAUCAUGAGGUGGUGUCUAAUCUUGAUCACGUCGUUGUUUGUUGCAACGCAGAUUGAAGGUCAAGAUGAAACUUUACGAACGACCGGUGAAUUGCGAAGAGCUUGCUCGCGUCGUGGAGCAGCAAAACCGCCUCCAGGAAGAAUAAACACCAGCGAUCGUCUGAAAGCUCUGAGACGCGUCAUGCAGAUGGACACGAUCAUCCAAACUAUAUCAAUCGAUGCGUACAUCAUAACUUCCGAUGAUGAGCAUCAAACGGAAUAUGUCGCACCUUACGACCGUCGAAGGGAGUACAUUUCCGGUUUCAGCGGAAGCAGCGGCGACGCCAUCGUGACUCUGAACAAAGCAGCUUUGUGGACGGACGGUCGUUACCAUCUUCAAGCUGAUAAUCAGCUGAACUGCGAUUGGUUGCUGAUGCGAGAGGGCCAAAGCAAAAUUCCAACGAAAUCCGACUGGUUGAAGAACGAGUUAGCAAACGGAUCGCGAAUCGGAGCCGAUCCGAAACUGAUGUCCGCUUCUGCGUGGAACUCGCUGAAAUACGAAUUGGAUAAUUCCACGUUGCAUUUGGUGCCAGUCCACGUGAAUUUGAUCGAUCUGAUUUGGAAGAACCAUGCGGAUACGAUUGCGGAUAAGGACGCUUUCGUUUGGGAGUUUGAGUACUCUGGGAAAAAUUGGACUACCAAAGUGGAGGAGACUAGGAAUGAGUUGAGGAAUAUGGGUGUGCAAGCAAUGGUUAUCACAUCUUUGGCGGAGAUAGCUUGGUUGUUGAAUAUACGUGGCAGGGAUAUUCCUUAUAAUCCUUUCGUGAAGAGUUACGUUCUUCUCGGCUUGCACGAAGUCAGAUUGUACGUGGAUAGAAGCAAAUUGGUGAAGAACGAUGUGAACAAGCAUCUGCGCACCGAUUGGGGAGUUAGCACGACGUCUAUAACCGUUCAAAAUUAUGAGGAUAUUUGGAUAGAUUUACCCACGUAUCUUCAAGCCUGGAACACGAUUCUUCUACCAUCCAGCAGUCCGUUCAGCAUGGGCGUGAGUCAGGCCAUCUAUUCCUUAGUUCCAGAGAAGAAACGACUAUACAAACCUUCUCCUAUCAUACACUUGAAAGCGAUGAAAAACCCAGUUGAAAUAGCUGGAAUGGAGGUAGCCCACAUCAGAGAUGCAGCAGCUAUGUGCGAGUUUCUGGAUUACCUCGAAACUAGAAUAGGCGAAGGUGAUAUGUGGAGCGAAUUGGAUGUAGCAAAGAUCAUCAACAACAUAAGAUUCGAGCAAAAUUUUAGCUUAGGAAACAGCUUUGAGACGAUCGUCGCAUUUGGCUCUAACGGUGCUUUACCACAUUACGAACCAACUCCAGCCACAAACUCUAUAAUCUUUACCAAUAGCACUUUAGUUAUCGACUCGGGUGGACAAUAUUAUGAUGGAACUACUGAUGUUACCAGGACCUUACACUUUGGUACUCCCACCAAAGAGCAGAUCAAUGCGUACACGAGGGUGUUAAUGGGUAGUAUCCAAUUAUCUUCUCUAGUGUUUCCUCCCAAUAUGAAGAGUUCGGUAGCCGAUGUUAUGGCUCGAGCGCCUCUUUGGGAAGUCGGCUUGGAUUAUAUGCAUGGCACUGGACACGGCAUUGGCACCUUCCUAGGAGUUCACGAAUCGCCUAUUUCGAUGCACUACAACUCACGCAGCAAAGAUCAACAUCUGAAAGCCGGAUACUUCCUGUCAAAUGAGCCCGGAUUCUACAGUGAGGGUGAAUUCGGGGUUCGUCUCGAAAAUAUAUUGGAGGUGAUUCCGAAACCUUGGCUACUCCACUACACCGGUCAAUCUUUCUUAGGCUUCAAAGACGUUACUUUGGUGCCAUACGAACCAAAACUCAUCGACACUGCACUGCUUAGCGUCCAUCAUAAACGUUGGUUGAACGAAUACAACACGAGGAUCAGAGAAUUGGUCGGUAAGGAGUUGAAGGAGAAGAACAAGAUGUCCGCAUUUUACUGGAUGAUGGAGAAGACGAAACACAUUCCCGGCGCCGCGACCAGCCUCAGUUACCAACCGGUGAUCCUAACGACUGCCAUCCUCUUUAUACACUUUCUAAAUUAAUUAAUGCACCUAGUGAUUAGACGAUUUUAUAGUUACAAAAAAAAUAUAUUUUAUUGUUAUUACUUUGCAAAUUUUAGUUUGCCCCGACACAAAGACAAAUUUAUGGCGUAUUGUUCCCCAUUUGCACUUGACGUCAUCAAAAUGUAGAUCAUUGAUCUUAGUGUAAAUACAUGCCAUUGUCUAAUCUUAAGCAAAUAAAGAUAUUUGGUAUAUAAGCCAGAGAUCGCAAGAGCUCAUCAACAUACUUCAUCAAAAUGAAGAUCAUCGCAGUUCUAUUAUUGGUUAUGUCAGUUGCGUUGGCAACGCGUCCUUGCCCAAUGGAUUACCGUCCAAUCUGCGGGUCCAAUGGGGUAACCUAUGGUAACCAAUGCGAUUUCGACAAUUACAAACUCUCGGAUGCAACCGCAUUCGUUGCCUACAAAGGUCGUUGCAAGAUAACUGUACCAUCCGUGCCAGAGUGCAAAUGCGAUCCUAAGUAUCAACCUGUUUGCGGAACAGAUGCUGUCACCUACCAUAACAGAUGUCUCUUGGAAUGCUCGAAACACAACGAUCGUAUUUUGUUCUACCUGUACGAAGGUAGAUGCGAAGAAAACCAAAAACGUAUCUGCCCUUGCUCAUUCGACUACUUCCCAAUCUGCGGCUCCGAUGGUCACACCUAUGCGAACCAAUGCGAUUUCGAUUGCAACAAAGACACUGACAGCACCCUCCAAGUGGCCAAAUACGGAUUAUGCUAGACGACAACACUAAAUAAAUGAUUAUUUCAAAAAAAAUAA